GUCGGCUGCACCCGCUCGUCCCUCAACGUGGUCGCGUCGGAGAAGGGCCAGCGUCGCAAGGGGCGGGCCUUCGAGCCUUGCUGGCCUCGUCUCUUCACGCCGCCGGCUGUGCGAGCAGGCAUCGUCGUCGGCAAGCUCAUCUUUGAGGACGACGGCGACACCAUCGACUGCACAAAGAUGGGCAUGGGCGGGAAGGCGCGGCAUGCACAUGCGCAUGCCGAGACUUGCCGCAGACUUGCCGCCUCAUGCAAGGGGCAGCCCGACGUGGCCACGCGGCUCUUCCUCAACAAGGUGCGCUCCGCACUCAACGUGCCGAUCCUCGGGCUGUUCGACGCCGACCCUUACGGGCUCAAGAUCCUCUCC